GGUUUAUUAACGCGGGAACGCAUUGAACCCUAAACCCUAGCGAGCUCCGCCAUGGCCGAGCUCAACCCCAGUCUGCGAUGGCGUCUUCAAGCAGGAUCUUACCUCGGCGAGAUCUCAGCCCUCUGUUUCCUGCCUCUUCCCUCCAGCCUCUCUCCUUACCCCAUUCUCCUCGCCGGAUCAGGAUCGGAGAUCCUAGCGUACGACGUCAAGUCGGGGGCUCUCCUCAGAUCUUUCCACGUUUUUCAAGGGAUCCGAGUCCAUGGAAUUUCGCUCAGGUCAGUGGACCAGAAGGGGGAGGUUUUGCAUUGCUCGGUCGUUGUUUAUGGGGAGAGAAGAGUGAAGCUCUUUAGAUUGGAGUAUGAUGUGAAGGCGGGCAUUGAGAUGGAGUUGGUUGGUCAGCUGCCGAGGUUCGAUCACUGGGUCCUCGACACUCGCUCCUUGAAGGAAGAUGAUUGUCUUGCAGUGGGGCUCAGUGACAACUCGGUUGCUCUAUGGGAUAUGAAUAAUCCUGAUACACUCCUUCGAGUGAAAUCUUCAGAAAGGUCCCUUCUUUAUUCUAUGCGAAUCUGGGGUGAUAGUUUAGAGGCCCUCCGCAUAGCAUCAGGAACUAUCUACAAUGAGAUUAUUGUUUGGAAGUUGAUUCCUCAGGAUCUGCUUCCAUCUUCUUCAUGUUUGAUUGGUUUGACAAAUAGAUGCACGUCUGACUAUGAUGAAGUUCAAUUUCAUGGUCAACAAUACAUAUCUGUUUUUUUGAGCAGACUUACUGGUCAUGAAGGUUCAAUAUUUCGCAUAGCUUGGUCCUCUGAUGGGUCAAGAUUGAUGUCAGUUUCUGAUGAUCGCAGUGCUCGCAUCUGGAUAAUUAGUGGUCCAAAUCAAGCUCCUUGUGUUUUAACGGAGACUUAUCGCUGCAAUUUAUCGCUUGAUCUUGUGCUGUUUGGCCAUAAUGCUCGAAUUUGGGAUUGUUAUAUCUCUGAAUCUGUAGUAAUUACAGCUGGCGAGGAUUGUACUUGUCGAUUAUGGGGAAUGGAUGGCAAGCAGCUUUCAACAAUUAAAGAGCACGUUGGAAGAGGCAUAUGGCGAUGCUUGUAUGAUCCUGGCUCAUCUCUACUUGUAACUGCUGGAUUUGAUUCUGCUAUUAAAGUACAUUUACUUCGUUCUUCUUCCUUGAGGGAGAUUACAGCCAAUGAUGGGUUACGAAAUGAAUCGAAGAACCGAACAGAGACCUUCACUAUUUGUGCUCCAAAAAUGUCAAACUUGUUUGGCCUGAUGGACAGCAAAAGUGAGUAUAUCCGCUGUUUGCGCUUCGCUCGAGAAAAUAUACUGUAUGUUGCUACAAACAAUGGUUAUUUAUAUCACGUGAAAUUGCUUGACGGGGAUGCACUAUGGACCGAAAUUGCACAAGUCAGCAAGGAAGCACCUAUUAUUUGUAUGGAUAUUAUUUCCUUAAACUUAUCUGCUUGCGUUGAAGAUAUUGUGGCUGUUGGAGAUGGCAAAGGAAAUGUGACUGUAAUUAGAGCUGUAGAUGGGGAUCCUAUCCCUAAAUAUGCAGUGUGUUCUACUUGGUCAGCAGAAAAAGAUAGACAGCUGUUGGGAAUUUACUGGUGCAAAUCACUUGGAUGCAACCACCUUUUUACAGCUGAUCCUAGAGGAGCAUUAAAAUUGUGGAACAUUGGCACAUCGCAAUCAAAUGCUGACAAUACUAAUGUGCAUGCAGUGUUUCUAGCUGCUGUAUUUUCAUCAUCUUUUGGCACACGGAUCAUGAGUUUAGAUGCAUCGAUUAGAGAAGAGGUCUUGAUAUGUGGUGAUCAGCGGGGCAAUCUUAGUGUGUUUCCCUUGUCAGAGGGUCUUCUAGUUGAUAACUCGAGUAAGAUAGAGGAGAAGGUUCCUUUACUCAGUCAAUUUAAAGGGGCCCAUGGGAUAUCUUGUGUUACCAGUGUUUUGAUUACUACACUGAAUAUGUAUGAAGUUGAAGUGCACACGACUGGUGGCGAUGGAUGCAUUUGCUAUUUCAGAUAUAGCAAAAAUAGCCAGCAUUUGGAAUUUACUGGAAUGAAGCAAGUGAAAGAGUUGAGCACGAUUCAGUGUCUCCGUACUGAGUCUGCAUCUAAGGAAAACUUGGCACAGGGAAAUUAUGCAGUAGGGUUUAUGUCUGCAGAUUUUAUAAUAUGGAACCUAAAGAACGAGUCAAAGGUGGUACAAGUUUCUUGUGGAGGAUGGCGGCGUCCAAACUCUUAUUAUCUUGGAGAUUUUCCUGAACAUCAAAACUGUUUUGCGUAUCUAAAGGAUAAUGACAUUCAUAUCCAUAGACAAUGGCUACCAGUGAAGGAGAGGGAGCUUAUUCCUAAGGUUUUGCAUGUACAAUACCAUGGGAGAGAGACACAUUCAGUAUGCUUCAUAUCAUUUGGAAUGCAAUCCAUUCCUAUGAAAAGUUGUUACUCAUGUCUGGCGACAGGAUGUGAAGAUGGAACUGUGCGAUUAACAAGGUACAGAGGCUUUGACAUGGGGAGAUGGUGUGAGUCCAAAUUGCUUGGGGAGCAUGUGGGCGGAUCUGCUGUUAGGUCUGUUUACUUUGUAUCGAAGACACACAUAAUUACUACAAGUCAAAGUUGCGGUUCUAAUCACGGUGUAGCUGACAAAAAUGAUAACCCAUUAUUACUUAUCUCUGUUGGGGCCAAGCAAGUUUUGACGUCUUGGCUUCUACAAUAUAGGAGUACAGACAUUGAAAAUCUGCACCAUAAUGGGGCAAAUACAGACUCUGAAGACGUACAUAGUCCUACUUUGUCAAUGUACUUCCAGUGGCUCUCAACUCAUAUGCCACCCAAGUUUGCUAGUUCUCAUCAGAAAGUGAAAAGGGAACCAAAAGCUCCUGAAAAUGGAAAUUGUUUAACCACGAAAAUUACCCUGCUUGAAUCAGAUUUAACUAAAACAAAGAAACUGAAGCCCAAAUCAGAGCUUAUGGAUCGACAAGACAAUGACUGGAGAUACAUGGCUGUCACUGCAUUUCUUGUGAAGCAUGUUGAUAGCAGGUUAAAUGUUUGUUUUGUUGUGGUUGCUUGUUCGGAUGCUACUCUAAUGCUACGGGCGCUUCUGCUGCCUAACCGGCUGUGGGUUGACAUUGCUACAUUGGUUUCAGAAACAUCUCCAGUUCUAGCUUUGCAGCAUUUGGUCAUUCCUAGCUUUUUUCAGGUUGAAGGUACUGUUAGAUCAGGAAAUUCAUAUAUCAUCGUUAGUGGUUCUACCGAUGGAAGCAUUACUUUCUGGGAUAUUACCGAAACCAUUGAUGGUUUCAUGCAAAGAACUUUGGAGCUCAGACUAGAAAUGCUUAUGGGUUGUCAAAGGCGGCCACAGACAGGUAGAGGAAGCCAGGGAGGUCGAUGGUGGAAAUCCUUGAAGCAUCAACCCUCCCAGAAGAAUGCCAGGGUUUCAGUUACCGCAACAGAAGCUGCUGGUGACAAUCAUAAUGGUCAGGGUACCAAACAAGUUCCAGUUGACCCUUCAUCUUUCGGGAGAAGUGAUUCUGCCAAAAAUCAGACAACUUCUCAGCCAAAUUCCAACAUAGCAUCAUCUGAGAUUCAUCAAGUUUGGCCCCUGCAUAUUCUCAAUUCAGUUCACCAGUCUGGUGUUAACUGCCUCCAUGUUUCAGAAAGAAUGGAUUGUCUGCUGUCAAAAUCUGAAACUUACUGUCUUGUAAGUGGUGGAGAUGAUCAGGCAGUGAACUACCUUGUCUUUGAUUUAACGAGGAAAACAAUGAAGAGUGAUUCUUGUAGUAGUGAGCCAACUGAAAAAUCGAAUCGCAUGCCAGAUUGUGUAACUGGUCGGGAGUCAGGAUCAAUCUUCACUGAGAAGUGUUCUAGUCAUAGCAUGCAUAACCACUAUCAGCUUAGGGUACAUUAUCGAGAUAAAGUUGAUUCUGCUCACAGUUCAGCGGUUAAAGGCAUAUGGACAGAUGGCAUAUGGGCCUUCUCCACCGGUUUGGAUCAAAGAAUAAGGUGUUGGAGACUUGGUCAGUGUGGAAAACUGAUUGAGCAUUCUCAUCUGGUAGUUAGUGUCCCAGAGCCAGAAGCAUUGGAUGCGUUAAACUGCGGCAGUGGAAUGUACCAAAUUGCAGUAGCUGGAAGGGGUAUGCAGAUGGCUGAGUUCUAUUCAUCUACUGGCGAGGAGUGACAAAAGUUUGUGGUUUCGAAUCUUCAAAAGCAAUUCAGCUUCUAUUUACGACGUCGCACUUGAGAGAAUGGAGUGUUGGUUGUUUAUAUCGAAAGGUUGGUGAACCAAGUUUGAGAUAUCAAGUCAUUUCGGUCCUUUCGAGGACCCGAUGCAGAUGGUAGAUAGUUUCAAAUGUGUGGACUGCUUAUUGUUUGUAGAUUGUAGGUAUUGUCAAACAUGAUACCUUUGGCUUCAACUAUUUAUUAUUUAAAACAGGCUCAUAAGCAUUAUCAGUACCCAGUUUUCUGGGAGUCAAGCUCAAAAAGCCUGUGACGAUGAGAUAACAGUGAACUAUAUACGUUUUAACUGUCUGCAAUCCCUGUAUGAUGACCUCGUUAUUAACAUUGAACAGGUAAAGAGACGUGCAUUCUUGUA